CGCAGAGAGCCCAACAGAGAGACUGCAUCCGCUCGUGAUAGUCGCUGCUUGCGCAUCGCUCAAACGGAUUUUAACUUGAUCCAUAUCUCAGGAUUUUUUUUGAGGGAGAGGGGACUUUGAAUAUUGCAAGCUGAAAAUAUUCAUCGUCCUUUUCCCUACACGAGUGGAUCGUAAUUUGCUGUGGUUUUGUGGGAUAUUUCCGAUAAGAAAAUGCCUGCCGAUAUGAUGGAAAAAACCUCCUCCUCUCCGGUUGCUGCAACCCCGGCAAGCAUGAACACAACUCCCGAUAAACCCAAGACAGCCUCUGAGCACAGAAAGUCAUCCAAGCCAAUUAUGGAAAAGAGGAGAAGAGCCAGAAUCAACGAGAGCUUGGGGCAGCUGAAAACUCUCAUCCUGGAUGCGCUCAAAAAAGAUAGCUCCAGACACUCUAAACUGGAGAAGGCGGACAUCCUGGAGAUGACGGUGAAGCAUCUCCGGAACCUCCAGAGGGCUCAAAUGACCGCUGCCCUGAACACCGACCCCACUGUCUUGGGAAAAUAUCGUGCCGGUUUCAGCGAGUGCAUGAAUGAAGUCACUCGGUUCCUGUCUACCUGCGAAGGUGUCAACACCGAGGUCAGGACGCGGCUCCUCGGCCACUUGGCCAGCUGUAUGACCCAGAUCAACGCGAUGAACUACCCCAGCCAGCAUCAGCACCAACACCAGCUCCCCUCCACCGCCGGACCAACCCACCCCUCCUUUGGCCAGUCCAUGGUGCAGAUCCCCAGCUCAUCCCCACAGGUCCUGCCCAUGAACCCGGUGUCCUGUAAAGGAGGCUCGUCGCCUGCUAAUUUACCAUCAGACGCCACCAAAGUGUACGGCGGUUUCCAGAUCGUGCCUGCCACAGACGGACAGUUUGCAUUCCUCAUACCUAAUGCAGCGUUUGCUCCAAACGGCCCCGUUAUCCCCGUUUACGCCAAUAACGUCGGCACACCGCUCCCUCUACCGGCUGCGGUUUCCCCGGGAGCCCCGUCAGGCAACUCGGACUCAGUGUGGCGACCCUGGUGAAAAGUGGAAAAGGACCAUACAGACUUUAGAAUGACACUUAAUAGUUUUCUCUUUGUUAAAGUGUAGACUGUUGUUUUGAAUCUGUUUUUUUUUU